UGGAGGCUCAGGAAGCUGCAAGGCAGAGUAGAGGUGGAGGAGAGCACCAGCACCUUACCGAAGGGGGCGACACCAAACCACACCUCUCUCUCUCACACUCUCACACACACACACACAGGCACACACUCUCACACGUCACACAUGCAUUCGUGAGGAGGCGUAAGGAUCAGGAGGAGGACUACCACAUACACGCGCGCUGAUUUUUGCUGGCUUUGCUUUGCUUUGGUGAGCUGUCUCUUGAAGACUGGACCAGAGCUGACUCCAUCGCUUCAUCCAUCCUUUUCCUUCCUCCCUGCUCUCCAUUCCUCCUGCAGAGAAGGAGCUCCAUAACAAAUAGCCCUUACUGAUUGGCUCUCUGUCAUUCAUUUAACCUUUGAUCUGUGGGUUUCUCUGGGAGCCUCUGAUUUUACUCCUCUUAGCCAAGAGAUCAACUUAAAGAGCAGCUAACCAUCCAGCCUUUUUGACCGCAAUCAUGAACUUCCUCCGACGCCGCCUUUCCGACAGCAGCUUCAUGUCCAACCUGCCCAACGGCUACAUGUCAGACCUCCAGAGGCCCGACCCUCCUGCUCCUCCUCCCCCUACCGCCUCCUCCCCUUCCCAGCAAGGUGAAGCCCCAGCUCCCGCCCCUGCCCAGUCCCCGACCGUAGCUCCAGCAGCGUCCCAGGCGCCUGCCAGCUCCCCUGCAACUCAGGAGCGGCGUCCGAGCCAGCAGGCUCAGCAGCCCCAACAGGCCCAGUCCUCUUCCUCCAGCGGGUCUUCUGGCUUCUUCAGCUCCUUCAGCUCCAUCACCAACGUGGUCAAACAGACGGCCGCAUCCGCCGCCGGGUUUGUGGAGCAGUCAGCUCCUUCCCCGUCCCUCUCCAAAAAGUUCAAGAUCCUGUUAGUCAUUGAUGAGCCUCAGCAUGAGUGGGCCAAAGUGUUUCGGGGAAAGAAGGUCCUCGGAGACUACGACAUCAAAGUGGAGCAGGCUGAAUUCUCAGAAAUCAACCUGGUCUCACAUUCAAAUGGCACCUGUAACGUGGACAUGCAGGUCAUCAGAGGCGGCACCAAAGUGGUCAGGUCCUUCAGACCAGACUUUGUCUUGGUCCGUCAGCACGCCUUCAGCAUGGCCCAGAACGAGGACUUCAGGAACCUGAUCAUCGGUCUGCAGUACGCAGGGGUCCCCUCAGUCAACUCACUGGACUCUAUCUACAAUCUCAGCGACAAGCCCUGGGCUUUCUCCCAGCUGAUCAAUAAUCAGAAGAGGCUGGGCACAGACAAGUUUCCACUCAUUGAUCAGACUUUCUACCCCAACUAUAGAGACAUGAUUACAACACCAAGUUUUCCAGUGGUGGUGAAGAUUGGACAUGCUCACUCUGGAAUGGGAAAGGUCAAAGUGGACAAUGUGAGUGACUUCCAGGAUAUUGCCAGCGUGGUGGCUAUCACUCAGACCUACUGCACUACAGAGCCAUUUGUAGACGCCAAGUAUGACAUCAGGGUCCAGAAAAUCGGUGCAGACUACAAAGCAUACAUGCGAACUUCCAUUUCUGGUAAUUGGAAGAGCAACACCGGAUCUGCCAUGUUGGAACAAGUAGCCAUGACUGACAAGUAUAAGCUGUGGGUUGACGCCUGCUCGGAGAUCUUUGGAGGGCUGGAUAUUUGUGCCGUCAAAGCCAUAUGUGGCAAGGAUGGUAAUGACUACAUAACUGAGGUUGUGGGUUCAUCUAUGCAGUUGAUUGGCGAUCACCAGGCGGAGGAUCGGCAGCUCAUCUCAGAGGUGGUGCUGGUUAAGAUGAACCAGGCAUUAUCUGCCAGGUCAUCUAGUAUUUCCCGCUCACCUGCUCGCUCCCCUCAAGGCCAGAAGGCAACUACUGUACAGCCCCAACAGAGUGCUGCCCUGAAGGAAGGAGUUGCAGAUCCAAACAGGACCUCGGGCCAGCGUCCUCAACCUCAAGGUGCACCAAUGAAGUCACAGAGUGUAGAACAAUCAUCAGAGUCAGCCAAGAGAGCAUCUGAACCAGUACCAAAGCCUGGCCAGGCACAGAAACCUGGUCCAAGCCCAGCUCAAAAACCAGCUCAGGCUCAAAAGCCGAGCCCAGUCCAGAGGGCCGGUUCAGUCACAAAGCCUCCAGUGCCGAGGCCUCCUCCAAUGACGAGAGCCCCAUCUGUUACAAAGCCAGCCCCAGGUUCUGCUUCCCCCCAGGCCCAAGCCAAAGCCUCGCCGACAUCCCCUGCAAAAACAGCAGCAGCUGCAGCAGCACCAGGCUCUCCCCCUGCAAAACCAGCAGCAGCGGCAGCAGCUUCAAGCUCCCCUGCAGUCUCAGCCCCUGCCCAGGCUCCAGUUCCAGCCUCUCCUCCAGUCUCAGCUCCCACCACAGAGCAGCCCAAGCCCCAGGCUCAGGGCUCCCCAUCUCCAGCUCCUGGCAAACCAAAAGAGCUUCCCCCUAAACCAACACCUCCUGCAAAGCCCAUCCCUCCUGUCCGCAGGAAUUCAAAGCCGCAGCUUCAGCCAAAGCCGCAGACCCCGCCUCCUCCCAAAGCUUCACCUAAACCCCAACCUGCUGCCCAAGCCCUAGCACCCACUCAGGCCUCAGAUACUCCCUCAGCCCCAGUCCCAGAACAGGUUCAGUCCCCAGCCAAAGCCAGCCAGUCCCCGCCAAAUGUCCAGUCUCCAGCUAAGCCUCAGCCCCUGGCCAAACCACCCUCUCCUUCCCAAAACCCAGAGCCGGUCAAGGCUGAAGCAGCCUCAGCCCCUGAGGAGGCUGAGGCCCCUGUGGAAGAGCAACCAGCAUCCCAGCAGAAGACCCAUCCUCUGCUGAAUAAGUCCCAGUCCCUGACCAAUGCCUUCAACGCCUUCAGCGACUCCUCUUUCUUCCGUGGGGUCUCAGGCUCUGGAGGUGACGGCCAAGAAGAGGCAAAGGCCGAGACCAUUCGCAACCUCCGAAAGUCCUUCGCCAGCCUUUUCUCUGACUAGACACAGCCGAACCGUAGUUAGCCCCCUUAAGGAUCCUGGCCACCUGUUUUACUAUUGGCCAGUAAUGACUUGACAUUAAAUGUGAACCAGUCUGAGAUUAAACUUUGUGUGUUACUGUACUGUAUUCCCUACGUCCCUGUCCCUCUGUCCUCCCUUUUCAGCUUCUCUGAGUGAGUUACAGUGAGGCCUGCUGGGUAGGAUGUUCAAGUGAAUGAUGUUGUGUGAGUAACAAGACUGAAGGAGUUACGUCAUUGAUAUAGCCUAGAAAAGAAUAGGAUAACUAACUUUAUUUUUACCUGAGCACACUUUAAGGAAAACUAUCCAAAUUACAAAAAAAGUAUAGUAUUUAAGAUUUCAGAUGGAAUGUACAUACAGUAUAUAAUAUAAAUAUAAAUAUAUAUGUAUACACACAGUAUAUAAAUAGAAACAUAUAGAAAUAUACAGGGAGAUAAGCCAAUAUCACAGGAAAAAUCAAGAAGCACUUUUCAAUUUACUUUUGUCAGUGACAUAACUCUUUCAUUCAGUGGCUGGAUUCACAUUUAAAAAAAUAAGAUAUAUGACAUCGGCAUGGCGUCCCAUCAGUGGAUCAAUUUUGGUGAAAUGUUUGUGAGUGGAGAAAAAUAUACUACUUUACUUGAUUGUUUCUGUGUUAAUCCAGCCUUUGUGUCUCUGGUCCUCAGCUACAAAGUACUGGGCUCGUAUUUGCCGCCCCCCCCUUUUUUGUCUACAAGCUUUGAAGACCAUUGUUGUGUGAGGGAGUUUGAAAUAUGUGUACGUUCAUCUGUGUUUAACUGUUAUGCAUGGCUCCUCCAAGUGGCUCGGUUUGACUUUUGGAGCAAACGAAAGCUCUACCAGUGUUGAGUUUUCCCUCCGUUGCCUAAUUCUCUCUAGAUGUUGUAGCCUUAUUGUGAACAUGUUUUCAAUUCGCAGCUACGUUUGUUAGCUGUGCAGACUUGAGUCGAUUACAACUCGAAAUUCAUUCAUUUACCUCAAAAGUUUGAAUGAGAACAGCUGUAUGGAGUACGCUGUACUGAUCGCAGCUGUUAUGUUUUGGGCACACUAGGGUUGAGCCUAAUGCUAAGCAGUGAAUAACUCAGUCCUACAGAGUUUUGAAUGCAUUUAAAAGAGUAUAAAGACUCAUGUCUGGAGCUGUGACUGGUGAUCUCUUGUUUCACCUCUGUGUAGAUCUAUCAACAGUAUUGUAAUUUGUUGAUUAUUCUCAUGAAAAGACAUUGAGACAGUAGUGCAAUAACACCUCGACAUGACUGUUGAGCGCUGUCACCCUAAUAUGAAUAUAAACAUGAUCAUACAUACAGGAUCUGUGUAUCUGUUAAAUACCUUAUUCUAACAUUCCCUUUAAGGUUCCUUUCAGGGGUGACUUUUAAGGUUGCUUUUAAGUGCAGUAAGAAGCUGGGUGUUGGAUUAGUACAGCAUGUUAAACUGCUGGUUUAUCUGAUUAAUCCUAUUUGGGCUGAAAUUAGGGAAAUCUGGAACCUUGGCUAAUCAUUUUCAGUUAAGUUGCUGCAUUUCGAGUUCAUAGAGUAAAAUAAACUAGAGAAAAAAGAAUCUCAACGCUUAACGACCGCAUAUCAACCUGUCUGCUUAUCCAUUUCCAGUACUGCGUUGCAAGUGAAUUAUAACAUAUUGUAUUUGUAUGUAUUUAUGUGUUAUCUCAGGAGUUUAUUUUUUGUAAAAUAUUGACUGAUUUAUUUUUUUGAGGCUCCAUAUUUAUGGUACAGUAUAUAUUGUUUGUUUUGUAUCGUGUUUUAAUUUGUAACGCAAUACUGCUUUGCAUGAUCUGGUGACUGAUAGUUAUUUUUUUUCUUCUGUACAGAUAAAAGUUAAUAAAGAUGUGGUUCCAUCAUUCCACUGAUCCACUACACAAGUUUCA